AUGAUGCAACGUAUCGCGUCCGGUAACAGCGCACCGUGCCUCCGCGUCGUUCCUACGGUCGCGUUCGACCCAGCGGUUUUGCGAUCGAGAUCGAAAACUCUUAUCGUCGGCGAUUGUCGCACGAAUUUCAUCUCUACGCGUAUGCGCGCUUGCGCGCUAGUUCGCGCUAUUUAUACGCGAUCGAUUCUCUCCCUUCGCGCAGUCGUAACGAUGUUUCUAAUACUGUCGGACAAGCGUGACAUUCUCGAGUGGUCCGCCGCGGAGCUAUCGUUCAUUCCGAAGACAAUUCUGCUGCGAUAUUUCGACGAGUACAUCGAGAUACUGUGGGACAAAUUGCCCGAACACCUAAGAGCCGAUCCCGAGGUGCGGAGCUGCCGCAGAUGUUUGGAGCAUUAUAAUCAGCCUUGGCAAAGAACGCACAUCGACGGCCCGGCACCGCAGAUCAGACAUUGCGCCGUAUGCCAGCAGUCGUCGUCGACGCCAUCCGAAGACGCGGCGGCGGAUUGUUGAACAGCGCGAUAAACGCGCUUCCCUUCGAGUUGCACGUUCCCGGCUAUCAAUUCUGCGGACCCGGUACUCGUCUCGCUAAACGACUGCUACGCGGCGAUAAAGGCGUAAAUCCGCUGGACGCGGCGUGCCGCGAACACGAUAUAGCGUAUUCGCGAAGUAACGAUCUAGCGGAACGUCACGCGACCGAUCGAAUUCUCGCGGAUAGGGCGCGAGAGCGUAUCACGGCGAGGGACGCGGCCCUCGGCGAGAGAGCCGUAGCGACCGCCGUAUGGGCGGCUAUGAAAGCAAAGACAAAACUCGGA